AUGCGUUUGUUCUCCGUUCUGUCGUCGAUCACCAUCAUCUAUUUUGUGACCUGUACCGCGGCUGAGGGCUCAGAUCAAACCAAGCACUCGCUGAUGGGGUCACCAAUCCUCGUCUACUCGCUCAACGCAGCACACAACGUUGAUCCUGUCGCCAGAAGGUUCCUUCGAGAGCGCGAAGCGAAUAUGGAAGAGCGAGGAAUCCGUCUGACGCAAGAAGCGAAUGUCAAAUCGUUCGCCAAGAAGAUCCUGGCAAAUUUCGACGAGGCGGACGAUGUGUACAAGAAGUGA